GCAACAUCUGCCCCUGCAUCUGCAGCUCGGUCUCGCUAUGAGACCGUCGGGAGAAUCAACUAGCUCGAGUUCCAGAAUUCGGGUACGGCCAACGGGUAGUUCAGAGGUGUUCCACAUUUCCUGGAUUGAAUCGGUGGAAGCGUGCAUAAGGUGCGGUUAAGCCCCACGUCAGUUUAUAGUUGCAACCUUCUUUCCUUCCCUUUCCUUUACCAGGCAGUUUCUCUGCGAUCGGUCUCUAUACCUCUAUAGUUUUAGCACCUACUUUCAGCAUGGGGGAAACCAUUCGUCGCGUCAAUGGCUACGACAACAAUGCUUACACAUACUACCCCGUCCUCAUCGUUGGCGCGGGGGCUUCAGGGAUAGCUAUGGCAUGUAGACUAAAGGAUGAGCUUGGAUUUGAUCAAUUCCGAAUCUUUGAUCGUCAAGCAGGGAUCGGAGGCACAUGGUGGAUCAAUCGAUACCCCGGCGUUGCGUGCGAUGUUCCCAGCGCCUUCUAUUCGUUCUCUUUCGCACAGAAUCCGAAUUGGACCUCUUUUCAUCCUCCCGGCCGCGAAAUCGUUCAAUAUUACCAUCAUGUCUGCCAGAAAUACCAAAUCACGGAUAAGAUUCAAUGCGAUACCGAUGUAGAACAAUGCCGGUGGCUUGAAGACGAGCAGCUCUGGGAGGUUACUCUUCGGCGACUGGUUGCUGGUAUGGGCGAUCUUGGAGCUAAGGAUCGCAUGAAGGUCGUCAAAGAAAAGGGAGAAGCAGCUGUCUACUCUGAUACCGAACUUGUCCGUGCCAAAGCUGUCAUCAGUUGCGUAGGCGGCCUCGUGGAGCCGAAAGGCUGGCCAGAUGACGCUACUGGAUUCGAAGACUUCAAAGGCCCUCUUUUCCAUUCCGCUCGAUGGGAUGACACGGUCGAUUUCACGGAUAAGAAUGUGGUGGUUGUUGGAACUGGAUGCUCCUCCGCUCAGCUCGUCCCGAGACUCAUCAACGCGCCUUACAAUGCUAAAUCAGUCGUGCAACUCAUGCGAUCGCCUCCAUGGGUAGUUCCAAGCUUCCCACCUCCCGGAGGCGACGAGUGGUGGGAGAAGAACAGUGUAAGACUCAUGAGGAUCCCUGGUCUUUUAUCGGCCCUUCGAUUCUCCAUCUUCGCCGGUGGGGAAUGGGAUUUCAGGUUGUUUGGUGGAUCUGAAUGGGCCGCCAAGCACCGUAAGCUGUACGAAGAAAGGAUGUUGGGACGCAUGAAGAAGAUGGUGCCCAAGAAGUAUCAUGAGAUUUUGACACCAAACUACGGAGUUGGUUGCAAGAGAAGGAUUUUUGACAAGAGGUGGUUCGAGAGUCUGAGUGAUCCUAAGAUAGAACUCACGGCUCAGCCUUUGAAGACGGUCAAGGAACACAGCGUCAUCAUUGGGCCCGGGGUGUCAUAUCCAGAGGAUUCAAAAUCAAACCUGCCCGAGAGGGAGGUUCCCGCUGACGUGAUUGUCCUCGCGAAUGGUUUCGAUACUACGAAGUGGUUGCAUCCAUUGAAAGUUGCAGGUAAGGGAGGUAAGGAUCUCGUCGAAACGAUGGAAGAACGAGGUGGGCCGCAAGCAUACCAAGGCACUGCAAUGGACGGCUUCCCGAAUUUCUUCAUCAUCUUCGGGCCCAAUACCGCUACUGGGCAUUCCUCCGUCGUCAUGGCGAGCGAGAACACGGUCAAUUACUCCCUAAAGUUCAUCAAGCUACUCUUGAACGGAGAUGCAACCGCUGUGGAUGUAAAGCAUGAAGCCGAGGUUGCAUACACUGCGGAGAUCCAGAGGAGUCUGAAGAACACAGUGUGGAUGAACGGCGGAUGCUCGAGUUGGUAUUACACCAAGGACGGAUGGAAUUCGACGGUCUAUCCAUACACCCAGAUUGACUUCUACCGUCGCUGUGUCUUCCCCAAGUGGAAUGACUGGAACGUGGCGUAUACAAAGCAGGGGCUGGCGAAGAAGCAGACGAAGCGGGUUAUUCGCCUUGUUACUGUUGCUCUGUUGAUUGUCGGGUCUUACCAUGUCCGAAAGAGGGGGCUAAGAGUACGUGAUGUGAAAGCAAUGCUGCAACAUGGUGUACAAGAAGUGCUGGCUCAAGCCAUCCAACUCUUGACUGUUGCAAAGGGUCAAAUAUCGUCUGCUUAAAGCAGUUGACGACGUUCG